AAAGUAUUGUGGAGCUGCGUCCGCCAUCAUGUUGUCGUGAUUUGCAAUCUUUGAGAGAUAUUUAUUCCUUGUUGUAAAGUCCUGAUCUCAAGAUGUUCUCGACGUUCCCUUCAACUCCAAGAGGCCGGAGUCGAUUCUCCAAGGCACUGCCCGUCGCUCCAGGUCAAUCAGCAGAAAAGGAGGAGUCGAGCGCAAUGAUGUCGUCCUCAGGGUAUUCACCACUUCCUCCGCUUCCCAAUGACGCGAGUGUCCCAGCAAAGACUAUUCCACGGCGACCUGUUGGCGGACAAGCCAAACCGCCCAAACCGCCAUCCAUACGCAGCCUCUCGUCUGUAUAUUCGGACAGCCCCGGGCUGUCACGAAGUCUAUCCGACAGCAGUAGCAGAGAUACAAAAGAUUCUGUGAGCGCCAUUGACUCAGAAAUCGACCAGAACCCACCUCCUCCGCCAAAAGACAAAGUAGAGAGACAAACCACAAACAUUCUGGAUAGUCCUUUAAGCUCGAACGGAUCUCCCAAGCAAACAGAGCUGUGGAAACGUCGAUCUGUCAGAAGUGAGAAAAGCAUUGUUGUUCCAGACCUCAAGCUCUCCAAGAGCAACGGUUCAACAGCGAGCCCACCAAGAAGGCAGGAGCAAUCCACAGAUCGCCCGCUUCCUCGAAGCAUAACCGGCCGCAAGCCAGUUCCUGUUCGCCCGGCUCCUCCUCAACCCGAAUUCAUGGGCAACAAGCUUGCGAAGUUGGAGGGCAAGCUGGAGAACAAGCUGAAGAAACAGACCUCAUCUGAAGAAUCCUCUAAGCAAGAUGAAGCUCCUCCACAGCAAUACCCGUCCUUCCAGCGCCUCCCCACGCCCGAGUAUCUAAAGGCAGACAAGCAACAACCUACUACGCCUCAAGUCCUAUCUCCAGUCUCACCAUUUACGCCUCCAGAAGAGACCGCUCCGAAGUUACCUCCAAAAGCAGAAGCAAGAAACUAUCUCAAGACACAACCCACCAUGUCCGAUACCGAAGUCCCGAAUUUACUUGCCAAUCACUCUCGAGACACCAGCGAUACCCUCACCAUCACAUCCGAACCUCAGGUUAUGCGAUCACCACAACCCCAGAAAGCUUUCACCGCUCGUAUCCUGACACCACAACCCUCACCAGACAAAGAAAAGACGACCUCGCCCCUAAAUCUCGGCUCACCAGCUGCGCAUAGCUCAUUCUUUCCUACCGUUAACUCGCCCGCUGCUCAAGGAACGAUAUUCUCCGGUCCUUCGCUAGACAUAAUUCACUACGAUUGCUACCAAUCACACAAGUUCAUGCGAGGAUCUAGAAAUGCAUUGUGUCCUGUAGCAUGCAUGAUCUGUCAAAAGAAGGAUGCCGAGAUGAGAUGGAGAUGUACUUGGUGCUGCUUGAGCGCUUGUGGAUCCUGCAUGCAGGUGUUAUCCUCGGUACCUGGGAAGGAUCUUAGGGUAUGCUUGGAACGUAUUGAAAAUGGGAAGUGAGGUCUCUUCAGAGGAGUUUAUGCAUGAAAAGGCGUUACUGGUGGGUUAUGAAUCACAUGAUACAUGGAAUUCUGGCUCCUGGAAUGGGUCAUAGAUGAUGGGUCAUGAUAGAUGACCGUGAUGGACUGAUUUGUAGAUAUUGAUGUCAUUGUAUGAUUGACAUGUUUAGCAGGAAUGGCAAGCUAUGGCUGUCACUUUCACCUUGAAGGGGUUUGUUUACCUAGUGACAGCUGAGUUUGAAUUUAUGAGGGAGCAAGGAGCAAGCGCUCUUGGUCCGUAUUGAAUUGAGUCGAUUGUGUUU